AUGGAAAUAUCGAUGUCGCUGAAUUGUGCUCGAAGAUCCCUCUUCAAUUCCAGGUAUUUUUCCAGGGAUCUCUCAUCAAUCCAAUCCAAUCCCUCGCUUCACAUUCACAAACCCCACCUGCAAAUCGACAGCACAAAAAAGCUGCCUCUUUUGCAGCGUUUACACGGCAACAAACUUGAUUAUAGGUGUAGCUACUUCUCUCUGCGUUAUCGAGAUGACAAAUCUACAGCACAAGCUCCGCCCUUGAGAAAAAAGCUGCCUCUUUUGCUGCGCAAACAUGGCAACAACAUUAAUAAUGAUAUAGACGGUGACUUGAGGUGUGGCUACUUCUCUUUGCUUUAUUGGGAUGACAAAUCGAUAUCCACCCGACAACUCCACUUGCCAUUUCCUAGUGUUAGGGCCCAAGGCUCUUGUAAUGGCGUCGUGUGCCUCGCGGAUGAAUAUUCUCCGGGGAGACUUGCCCUUUGGAACCCGUCUACUAAUGAAUUCAAGUUCCUUCCUCGGACGUGCAUCCAACUCCAUCCAGAUGCUGAGUUACGCAUUUUUUAUGAUGCCCAUAUGAGUUUCGAUCCUAUUUCUCAAGAUUUUAAAGUAGUAAGGUUCGUAGCAACCGUUUUCCUUGACGAUGGUCAUCAAACUCACGCGACUAAUCACGUGGAGUUAUACUCCCUAAAGUCCGAUUCUUGGGAGGAAUUAUCCGAUCACCGUUGUUUUGAUUGCCGAUUAACCACGUAUGUUGUAGCUACUGUAAAUGGGGUACCUUAUUGGAUGGCGCAGAUGAAAAACGAAAGGAUUCGACUUCUUACCUUUGACUUUGCUAGUAAACAGUUCUCAUUUGUUGAUCUUCCUGAUUCUGCUAACCGUGCACGGAAAUUGCAUCUUGCCGAGCGGGAUGGGUCACUUGCAGCUAUAAUUUACCCAGGUUUCGGAAAGAAUAAAUUUUUUGAAGUAUGGUUGAGAAGUCAUGAUGGUUCAUGGGAGGAGGUAUCCACAAUUUGUGUUCCUGGUGCUGUUGAGCCAUUAGGGUUCUGGACAAAAGAUGAACUGCUUUUUAAAUGCAGGGGUGAAUACCUAAUCAUUUUUUGCCUUGACACUCGAGAGGCUAAGCGUCUUAAUAUCACUAGUGAUCGUAAGGAUCCUUACAAGACGUUCAUUCCUUGUGUGGAGAGUGGAGUUCAGCUCGUUGGGAAAUCAGAGUGCGAAAACAAAGAGGUAUAUUAA